CGAUGACGGCAUUUGUUGUUCCUGUCUUCUCGAUGCAAAACCGCGGGCAGUUCACUUUUUCCAUCUCUCCUCCGGCCCCUCGCUCCCUCCGACCCAAGGACUCUCGAGAUCAAUCCCCAAGCUCCCCUUCAAAGUGUUCAACUACUUUGCGGAGGAGAUCAAGGUCCGAUCCUGUCCCAGACCAGAGAGGUCUCCUGCAUGCCCUCACCCACGCCAAACCUUCGCCGCUGCAUUCCCCGACCCCACCGUUUCCGAUCUCCGUUUGUGCAACUACGACGAGUCGAUGCCCUAACGAAAAACAAUCAAAGGGGAAAUAAUGACAAGUUAGCCACGAGUAGGAAAGGUAAUGACAAUUACAAAGCACGAGGUAAGAUUAGAUUUGGAUUCCUCCAAUGUACAGAGUGAGGGAGGUCUGUAAAUCUUGUUGUGGGAAAUAAAUAUGUCUUGCAUCAGGAGAGAGAGGAUCCCAAUGUAAAUUGCUUUACAUUUUCUAAAACUCCAGGUUCAGAUAACAUUCUGAAUAUGCUCUUUUAAUUCUAA